GAAAUCCACGGGCCCUGCAGCGGCCGGGAGCUGGGGUUUCCUGGGUUCCAGGUCCGCCCUUCUCCCCAAAGCUCUGCGGUGCUGGGCUGACCGUUUGGCGCCGUGGAGGAGGACCCGUCAGUGAAGUGCGGGAGAUGAGCCUUGGUCAGCGGCAGCGGCCGUGACGGGUGUGCUCCGGUGUGGCAUCCGCACCCCCCUGUGUGUCACACUCUUGUUUGCCAAUUCUUACGGGAUCAUGAAGCUGAACAAGAGGAGUGUGGCCCACUAUGCGCUCAGCGACGCCCCGGCAGACCAUACCGGCUUCCUGCGUACUUGGGGGGGUCCAGGAACCCCACCCACUCCCAGUGGCACUGGCCGAAGAUGCUGGUUUGUCCUCAAGGGCAACUUGCUGUUCUCCUUUGAGAGUCCCGAGGGCCGGGCCCCCCUCAGCCUGGUGGUGCUGGAGGGCUGCACAGUGGAGUUGGCGGAGGCUCCUGUGCCUGAGGAGUUUGCCUUCGCCAUCCGCUUUGAUGCCCCUGGCGUGCGCCCACACCUGCUGGCAGCAGAUGGGCAGGCAGCCCAGGAGGCCUGGGUGAAGGCCCUGUCCCGCGCCAGCUUUGGCUACAUGCGUCUGGUGGUACGAGAGCUGGAGAGCCAGCUGCAGGAUGCCCGCCAGAGCCUGGCCUUGCAUCGCUCUACACCCUGGAAGGUCAAUGCCAGUCACCGAAAGCCACAGGCUCCGGACCGCUCUUCUCCAGCCUGGGAGAAUGGCCACUUUCUCCCCAGGGACCACAGUCCUGGGUGCUUCAUGAGAGACGUGGGCAGCCGGCCAGCAGGGCGGGACUUGGCAGAGUGGGAGCUGCAGGGCCCUGCCAGCCUCCUCCUAAGCAGAGGGCAGAGCCCCGUGUCCCCUGAGACCUCCUGCUUCUCUACGCUGCACAACUGGUAUGGCCAGGAGAUCAUGGAGCUGAGGCAGAGGUGGCAGCAGAGGGUGCAGGGUAGCCAGCCAGAGCAUGAGCAACAGGACAGGCCCUGAACCUGGCUGGACCUUCCAAGUUGUGGCUGUGUCCUGCUGGUUAGGACACUGGAGCCCAGCUUGCUUGCUCGCUUGCUUUGUUUUU